AACAGUUUUUGGGGGGUGGGGCUCAACCAGCUCCUUGGUUUCUAGGCAACAGAAGCAUGUGUGUGGAUUUCUUCUAAAUAGUGUUCAUCUGAAAGAAAUGGAGUCUUUGAUCAGCGAAUUGGACAAGAUUAAAGUUGAAGCACCCUCCAUAACUCUCCCUAGUGAUAACGAGGUACCUGAUUCCUACUCCUUGAAUGGGGUCAAAGAAAAGGUUCUCCUGGCGUAUGCCGGUAACUUCCAGAGACAGUUUACCCAGUUGUAUGGGGACAGGAAACCACUGCUUCUGAAUCCAAUCAACGAGUGUGGAAUAGAGAAGUUUCUGUGUACCACUAUAAGGCCAACCUACCUGCCCUACAAAGAGCUGUAUGAAUAUGAUUCGUGUGCCGAAUUUGUGGCCGACUACCUCCUUUAUGAGCCCCUCAAGACGCCCACUGAGUUGCCAGAGAGAGUGGUAUCAUCCACCCUAGUGCUCAAGAACCAACAAGGCAACUGCUUUGAGUACGCCAACCUCAUGACCUCCCUUUUAAUUGGGGUGGGCUAUGAUGCUUACUGUGUCUGUGGGUAUGCCACUCAAGACAUCACUCUCCUUAACCAGCUCAGGAAAACUUGUCCUCUCACAGUCAAAGACCAGAUUAAAGAAGCUGUCGAUGAAAACAAGAAGAAAGUUGGUUAUAUCGUCAAACCUCCACGAGAUCUUAACUCACAAUUCGAGAGAAGACUGGAAAACAAAGAAAAAGCAAAAAUCGAGGAACAAGAGAGAGAAAAACGGGAGAAAGAAGAGACCAGAAUAGCUGAAGCUGAAGCCCCUCCCCCUGAUAGCUGCUAUGGUCUGAGGAUCCAUUGUUGGGUGCUGGUACUGUCGGGUAUGAGAGGGGUGGCCCAGAGCUUCUUCAUUGAGCCCACUACGGGAGAGGACCACCCUCUCGACUGGGACCAGUACCUCGGCAUUGAGACACUCUGGAACCACAAGAACUAUUGGGUUAACAUGCAGGACUGCUCACAGGGAGUGCAGGGCCUGAGAUAUGACCUUGGAGAUGCCACACUGUGGGAGUUCUUCUUCCCCUGCCUGGAGAAGCCAUUGCUGAUAGUGCCGGGAGAGCAGCCACAACUGGAGGACUAUGACAAGGAGGAGGAGGAUGAGGAUGACUUGAAGGAAGAUUUUCAGCUUCCUCCGUCCUGGGUUCAACCCAUCGAGAUAUCACCAAAAGACCUUGAGACCAGAUGCCCUCGAGGCAGCAAGCAGGUGCUCUACUAUCGAGCCAAGCUGGAGAAGUUUGCCGAAUAUCUGAAUCAAGACGGGCUGGUUUCCAGAAUAACUUCCUAUGAUGAUACUGGACGCUCUCGUAAGAACCAAGUCCAGUGCCAGUUCCAGCACCGGAUGGACUGUCUGGAGAGUAGGGUGGAGAGCACCAAGAUAGGAGAGGUGACAGAGAGCUUUGCUCCCGGAAGAUCCAGGGCACUAAAAGAGCACAUCCACUAUGAGAGCAAUCCAUUGAGGGCUGCCAACAGAACCAUGCUCUUCCAUUCAUAUGCUCGUGUGGAUUGCCUGUUUAAGAGAGAGUUCACAGCCACUGAGAUGAUCGAACACUUUAAAGAGCGUCCCGACUUUCUCCACUAUCGACACACCACCUACCACAAGGUCCCAAAGUCACGUUCCUUGGACGCAGCCCUCAACAAAGACACGAGUCAAAAACCAAUCUUGAAGAUUGUAGAGCGAUUCCGCCACAAUCAUAGCAUCCCUCCCAAUAGUGAUGUGGCAGAGAGAGUGUUUUUACUUGAUGAGAACAAAAUUCGUGUGUCGUACCAUCUCGAGAAGGACCGCAUCACACCCUCCACAAGGGAAUACAUCAUUCCUCAAGUCACUGGGGACCAGGGCUAUAAUAUGCAUUUCGAUCCUGACAUGACUACAGCUUUUCAGGUCGACCCUUAUGCCAGUGACCCCAAGAACAGACAUUUGUUCCAGCACCUGGAGAGGCUUAUACUAGCUCAGGAGGAGAGCAUUGCACGGAUCCGAGAGUCAGAGAAAGAGACCCAAACCAUCCUAAACGUCCGGAUGCAGGAAGAGCUGCACACUUCUCUCUCUAUCUCAGUCUAUGAUGUGGCCCGCAACGAGGCAGCUCGCACUCAUCGACGAGAAUUGGAGCUCAAACUAGCCGAGGAGGAGAGGAUUCGUAAGGAAAAGGAGAAGGAUUAUCUGGCGCCAUUUGCUGCCAGGAUAGGGGAUCCCCCCACCUUCAAUAGGCAGCAGAUGGAAGACGUCUCUCAGGACUGUCUCAAAGACUUGCGAACACGUCUUGUGGACAUGGCCAACAUCAUUCAGCAUCGGUUUGAGGCAGAGACAGAGGAGCUUUCAAAGAGGCAGAUCUGGUAUAAGUCCAAGCUGGGCUCCCUCACCAAAGAGGAGGAAAAAGACUACAUCGAUUUCUGCAAUGAUGCCAUGUUCAGAAUACACAUCCUCGAGCAGAGAUUAAACAGACACAAGAUCACUGCUCCCCAAAAGUACAGAGAUCUGGAGAACAGACUGAGAAACGAUCCCAGGCUCCAACUACCUCAUUGACCAUCAACAACAAACACUUAACUAUACAGUGUACAGCCAUCAUGCAUUUUUAUGCCAACAGUGAUGUACACGUAUAUCAUUUCUGAAUAAUAAUUAUAUCUUGCUAUAAAAGCUUAAUGUGCCCAG